GGAGGACUCAAUGACUAUUCGUUCGCCGGAACCAGAAGUUAAAAUUUUGGUAGAUAGGGAUCCCGUAAAAACCUCUUUCGAGGAAUUGGCCAGAGCGGGUCAUUUCUCAAGAACAAUAGCUAAAGGGCCUAAUACUACCACUUGGAUCUGGAACCUACAUGCCGAUGCUCACAAUUUCAAUAGCCAUACCAGUGAUUUUGAGGAGAUCUCUCGAAAAUUAUUUAGGGCACAUUUCGGUCAACUCUCCAUCAUCUUUCUUUGGCUGAGCGGCAUGUAUUUCCACGGUGCUCGUUUUUCUAAUUAUGAAGCGUGGCUAAGUGAUCCAACUCACAUUGGGCCUAGUGCCCAGGUGGUUUGGCCAAUAGUGGGCCAAGAAAUAUUAAAUGGUGACGUAGGCGGGGGUUUCCGGGGAAUACAAAUAACCUCUGGUUUUUUUUUGAUUUGGCGAGCAUCUGGAAUAACUAGUGAAUUACAACUCUAUUGUACAAUAAUUGGGGUAUUGGCCUUUGCGGCGUUAAUGCUUUUUGCUGGUUGGUUUCAUUAUCAUAAAGCGGCGCCAAAAUUGGCUUGGUUUCAAGAUGUAGAAUCUAUGCUGAAUCACCAUUUAGCAGGGCUACUAGGACUUGGGUCUCUCUCUUGGGCGGGGCAUCAAGUACAUGUAUCUUUACCGAUUAACCAAUUUCUAAACGCUGGAGUAGAUCCUAAAGAGAUACCACUUCCUCAUGAAUUUAUCUUGAAUCGAGAUCUUUUGGCUCAACUUUCUCCCAGUUUUGCCGAGAGAGCAACCCCAUUUUUUACCUUGAAUUGGUCAAAAUAUGCGGGCUUUCUUACUUUUCGUGGAGGAUUAGAUCCAGUAACUGGGGGUCUGUGGCUGACUGAUAUUGCCCAUCACCAUUUAGCUAUUGCAAUUCUUUUCCUGAUAGCGGGUCACAUGUAUAGGACCAACUGGGGUAUUGGUCAUGGACUAAAAGAUAUUUUAGAAGCUCAUAAAGGUCCAUUUACAGGUCAGGGCCAUAAAGGUCUAUAUGAGAUCCUAACAACGUCAUGGCAUGUCAAUUAUCUCUUAACUUAGCUAUGUUAGGC